GGCGUAGCAGGAAGACUUGUAUAGUCGGAGCUGCGGCGUAGCGGAUCCCGGAGCUGUCUCGCACACCCGCUGCCCUGCCCCCUUCAUCUUUGCUCUGGGGCCCGCGAGGCACCUCGCCCUGGGGCUCAAGAGACGCAGGUGCAGAUAUGGAUCAUUAUGUAUGAAAAGGAAAAGUGCAUUUUCGAUUAAAAAAAUAAUGCAGAAGAGAUCUGCAAACUUUAGAAUGGAUAGCACUCAAACAAGUUUUACUGGUCAAAGUGUCUUUAAGGAGCUCACCUUCCAAGGGAGAAUUCCAAGGAGUGUUUUAAACAAGGAAGUACGAAAAACAUACCCUCUACGUGGCCAGUUCUCUUCAGCCAUGAAUGACAAAACCUGCACUGUUGUUCUCACUAGACUGGAGGAUGUGGCUGGACCACGGGUUAUAGAUGGCCAAAUUGGGUCUCCACCAAGUAUCUCUUGCUGGGUGGAUGAUUUUGGAACGCUUAAAGUCCAUACAGGGCUCCCUUCAAAACGUCAAAGGAUUUGCUCAAAAAGGGAAAAAAUCCCUGUGGUCUCCAAUGAGGUGGAUCCUAUCCAUAAUUUCCCGGAACCUAGGCAAAGAAGGUUAGCUUCUCUUAAUGCAGAAGCAGUGAAUAAUCUGUUGUUUGCUAGAGAUGCCAUAUUUUCUGCUAGGAGAGUUCGAAAGGAUUUUACAAAAGUUAGUGGCAAUUUUAACUCUGGGGAAGCUUGGCAAACCUUGAAAAAUCAGGAACAGCAGGUCCUCGGCAAAAAAGCCAGACAAAAAUGCAUUCCCACAAAUCACUUGCAGAAGGAUGUUUUUGAUAAUAAUGUUAAAAGGGACGACUGUGGAGUCUCUUUUCCACCUGCACCAAAGAGAUUAGCAAGUUUAAAUGCUGUAGCAUUUUUGAAACUAACCAAUGAGAAAGCAAAUCAUCUUAAACAGAGGAUUAAAUCAGAUGGUGACAGUCGUCCUGCCAACAGCUUUUCUAAAUCAAAACUAAAGUCUGCUAAAUCUCAAAAGAAGAACUGCAUAAAAUCCCAAAAAGAUUUGUUGCAUAGCAAAGUGGAUGAUCAAAGUGAUCGGCCACGGGAAGCUGAGGGUGGGUUUCUUAAGCCAGAGCAUCAAGAUUCUAGUAGAUCUUUGGGAAAAAUAGAGAACCCCAAUGUGGAACAGUCUUCCAAUUACCAAGAUGGCUUAGAUUCGUUGUACAACAGACUACCUUUACUAAUGGGUGGACAAGCUUCCAUGAAGCCGGAGUAUGGAAGACCAGGAGAAAAAUCUCCUACUCCUAAACAAGAAUUCCAGCAGCCAUCAUUUCCAGUUCAACAACUUCAUCAUUUGCCUGUUCCAGGCAGCCCCCUGGAUUGUGUUGGUCUCUACAAUUCCCACAACCUAACUUUGGAUGGAAAUUAUGUUUCUUAUGGCCAAAGUGGAUUACCAUAUAAUGGGUACCCGGAUUUAUCUAUGUACACUAAAGAUGGAGUUUUUUCUCAGCCUGUAAUCUAUGAAGAACUCUUGAUAUCAAAGAGUUCUUUACCCUCCACUGCAACACUUGAGCAUCUGCCCUGGUGCAACUCCCGCUAUUCUUUAGUAGAAGAUGCUGGAACAAACACAGACAGUCUUUGUGGUGUGAUAAGGCUGCCUAUUGGCAGGGUUAAUAACAUGCACACGGGACAUAAUAGCUAUCCAUACAAAAAACCUUUUACAGCAGAAGGAUACAAAACUCUAGACCAACUCAACAUAGAAAUCGCCACAGCAGGUCACCCUGUUUCUCCUGCUCACCCACUCUCAGGAUGUCCAGUUCCCAGUGUCCCGCCUGCUGCCGAGCCUGUUCCUUAUCUGCAGACUCCCAACUCCGAACCUCAGACUCUGGCUAUGGUCAAGACUGCACGAGAAUGUCCGCAGAGCUCCAAACCACCUAGCGGUUCUAAAUCUGGUGUCAGAAACACACCUGGCUGCAUUCAUGUAACUGACAACAAAGCAAGCAAGGGCCAUAGCCAUCCUAAACAGCAGCGUAUCAGUCGGAGAAGAGCUACAAAUGGCUGGAUGCCCCUCGGAACAGCUUGUGAGAAAGCCGUUUAUGUGGUGAAUGAGCCUGAACCUGCUCUUCGUAGGAGUUAUCAGGCUGUGGAACGCAAUGGAGAAAUCAUCCGGGUUCGAGACACUGUUCUUCUGAAAUCUGGGCCCAGGAAGAAAUCCAUGCCAUAUGUGGCCAAAAUAUCAGCACUGUGGGAAGAACCCAUAACUGGCGAACUGAUGAUGAGUCUUUUCUGGUAUUAUAGACCAGAGCACACUCAGGGGGGGCGCAAUCCCAGCAUGCACCAGAAUGAAAUAUUUGCCUCCCGCCACCAAGAUGAGAACAGUAUUGCUUGCAUCGAGGAGAAGUGCUAUGUCCUGACAUUUGCAGAGUACUGCAGAUUUUGUGCCUUGGUAAAACGUCGAGGGGAGGGUUGUCCGAACAGGAAAGCCUUGAUCGUCCCUCCCUCUGAAGAGUAUUGCACCCCAAUUCACCGUAGGGUGCCAGACACCACAGACCCAGAUCUGGUCUUUCUUUGUCGGCACGUGUAUGACUUUAGACAUGGUCGCAUACUGAAGAACCCGCAGUAACUGCUACUUCAGAGGAAGACAUGGAGAUGCCGGUAGCAACAGCAUGCCGGCCUUCCCACAGCCUAUGACUGUUUCAAACAUCUUCCCGGGAGCUCUUCCAAGCACAGCAGAAGCAGGGAGCUUCUUGCAGAAGCCAGGAUGCUCUGCGGAUUCAGGAAAAGACACUGGUUGAAGAACUCAGCAGUUGAAAGCACAGCACUUCAUUAGAUAUGAGCUUAACUUAAAAAAAGACAAGAAAGAUAAAGUAUAUAACAUAUAUAAAUAUAUUAAAUAUAUAAAUAUAUCUAUAUAUUGGGGAAAAAUAAGCCAGUACAUCAGGUCAGGAGCCGUGGUUGCAAAGUUUGUGUAGGGAUGUGUUAGAGCAUGAAUGAGCCAAUCUUGGUUCAAAUGCCUUAAUAUGUCAGACACGUCUCUGUCACAAUCACACAAAGGUUUCUGCACUUCUGGCCUUUCAUACAGGUUUGGUUUGCUUUUGUUUGUCCCCACUCCAUCUCCCCCCAUGGUUGGUUGAUGCCCGGUCUGUUAAAAAUUUACUUAUUCCUUAAUUUUAUCUUCUUUCCUUUUAAAAGAUUCCUUCCCCCUGUAACCAAAUGUAGGUAGCCUCUGUUUUCAUCAGAUAAUCUUUUUUACCUUUUUUUUUUUUUUUCCGUAAAGGUACUUUGGAGUCUCUUUUAGGUUUUACAUUUCUUUAGAUGUAGAUUCUGCAGUCCACCAUUCCAUUGUGAUAUUGUGUGACUGUAUUUUUUUAGAGAGAGUGUUAUCCUGUGUAAUUAGUUAAUUGCCAAGCCAGGACACGUGGUGGAAGAAUGAGUAUGCUGUAUGCUUUUCAGCACCUGUACAAGUUAUGCUGUACACAUAUAUUGUGUAUUACAAGGUAACUGUUAAGACUCCAUUAUAUAGAUGCUACAGGCAGUAGGAUUCUUUAUUCAGCGCUGGCUGAUUUUUAUGCAGCAAAGCAUUUAAUCAGAUUUGCAGAAUUUCCCAGAAUUCCAUGGUACAGUGUCAGUAUCUUCCUCAGACCAUUAUUAAUCUUUAUCCACCAAAAGUGACCAAUCACAAACUUGUGUUCUGAGAAAUAGCUACCUGACUAAUGAACGGAGUUGCCAUUUGCCUUAUGUGUAUAGUGUCUAGUUCUACUUUUUAUCAUGAAAGUCAUUUCAAAUGGAUUUUAAAGAUAGGGGGAAAAUCAAACAUUAAAAAUACCAAAGGACAUAAUAGAAGGAAUCAACUGAAAUGUUAAAGAGUAGCUUGCACUAAAUCAGUUAAUGACAUAUCACACUUUAUCAGUAGUCUGCUGUAAUCAAUAAUUUAUAAUUCUGCAUUUUCAGUUUUCAGAACAUACCACACAAUUAUAGUUUAAAAAAAAAAAAAAAUGCAGCCGAAGGCAAAGAAUUUGUGACUGAUUUUCUCUGUGCAGCCAGAAGAGGAUAUGGAAUUUUUUCAUUUCUAUGUUUUCAUACCAAAGAGGUUCUGUGUAGGAAGUUAUACUAUUUGUGGUGCAAAGAUGGCUCACAGUCUUUCAGGUGACCAGAAAACAAUCUAUGUACACUUGUAAAUUUAUACUGUAUGAUGAGUAUUGCAGCCAUGUUUUCUGAUACCCUAUUGAUUUAGUUUAUAAUAUCCUACUCUCCAUAUCAUGCAUCAUUACAAGCAAAGUGAUCCAAUAUCCAGCUGCUUUGAGAUGAAGAAAUUCUGUAUGAUUGCAUGUUGAAUCAAAAUCUUUCUACUGUUUUCACUUGGAUCAUAACAGAAGCUUGAAGUGUGGGCAUUUUUUUCCACUUUUUAAAAUGCGGUAGUUUUUAAACUGUUGUUGAGAGUAUUAGUUAAUACUUAUUAUGGACAUAUAUUUUCCAGGGCAUCUUCAAACCUCAAUUUUCUUCCAAAUAAUUGAUUUUUUUUAUAAUUACAUCAGACAUGUAUUUGUUAAUGCAACAGUUUAAAUCUGCAUUCACUUUUUUUUCCUUCUCUAUAAAAGGAUUCUACAAACAUGGAACCAAAACAGACUUUAAUCCUCUGAUAGAGAAACUGAUCAUAUUAUGCUUUUUUUUUUUUCCUCACAUUUGAACUGUAAUACAACAUUUAGAUAGCAUUUAAAAAAAAAAGAGGUAUCAAAAAGUGAAUGCAGCUUUUGAUGACUUAUUCAAAAGUAUGAAAAUGUCUUUGAUCUAUGUAAUAAUUUCCAGGAGUUGUAAAACAGCCAAUUGGAUUGAGAUAUGGUGUAGAUUUGGUAUUAUCCCUUAAACUACUAUAGGAAGAAAAAAGGUAAAUCUAGUUUGCUGUUAUUGAUCCAUUAUGGCUUCCAUACAUGGCAUUUUCAAUUUUCCUGUCGUUCUCAGGUUACUGUUUUGUGACGCAGUGUCACAUGAUGAGUUUGUAUAUUGGGCUAAUACAUCACAUCUGAAUGUUUUAUUUUGGAUUCUGAUCUUCCAUUUCCACAGACGAUGAAGGAGGUUCCUGUCCUAAUGAGUUGACAUAUUCUGAGCUUCCCUGGUCUUCCUCAUGUGUCUCAAUUAUAAGAUCCCUGGCCCCAUAGCUUUCACUACAUUAAGAAAAAUGGGGGGGAUUAAGUUUUCUAUGGUUUAAAAGUAGGCUUGCUGGAAAGUGUUUCUGGCAAUAUCUUAUGCAAGGCCCUUAUAGUGGUUUGCUAUGGCCAUAGGAACAAAUAUCAGUCAAAUGAGAUAUCCAGCAAGUAACGAGCAAUUUUCCCAUUUCAUUAAUGCAACAUUUUAAAACCUUAUGUUUAUUGCAUUAGUGUUACUACAACAACCUUUUAUUGAAUAAGAAUUCAUAUGAAAUUUGUUUUGAUGUCCACUGUCUGUAAAUCAAAUUUAUGAAGUCAUUAACAGACGGGAAUGAGACAUCAUUUUUUUUUAAUAUUAUUUGUAAGACUAAUUGCAAAUAAGCAAGCAAAUUUAAUUUCAAAGCAAAAUAUGCACUGUUUAGAGAUUGCUUUCCAUUUGAAUAGAAUGUACCACUUCUUAGAUUCAAAUCUAUAAGAAGGGGUUGUAUUACUCAGUAAGGCUUAAGAAAAAUAUUACUGAUGUUCUAAGAACACAACUCCUUUUAUUGAAUAACUUACGAGGGCAGCUCAUUUUAUAUGGUGUGCAUUGAACAUUGAUUACAUUUUUUCAUUUUGCUGCUGAAGUCUAAAAAUACCACAUUUCUUAGUCUAAAACAGUACAUUGUUUAUCCUCUAAAAUAUAAUAUUUUUGUCAGCGUAACAGUGAGUCCAAAGGCACAUUCCCAACACAUUUUUUUUAUAUUUCACGUCUUCAAAGAGAAGAAAACUUUUUCAUUAACAUUUUAAUACCUGCUACAGCUGCGCUAAUAUAAAAUAUCAGUAUAUUUUCUUCUACUUGUGUUGACUGUAUAACUUAAUACUUUAUGGACUGACUGAUCAAAAACUCACCGGCAUUGAAAGAAAUCACACAAAAUCUUAAGGAUUUUUCUUAGGCUUUAUAUUUUAAUGCAGUUGUCACAUUUUCUUAUCCUAAACACUGCACAGUGUGAUAACCGCAAUCAAGCUAAAAUGUGCAUUUCUAAGCUUGUGUGGCCUGGCAGUGCUGACAAGUGAAGAGCUUUGGAUCAUUGGGCCCUUAGUGUGUUUUGAUCUCCAUUAAACCAUUAUCUGCCAGAAGUUGCAGUUGAAGGGUUAAGAACAGCCGUUGUUUACUAAAACCUGACAGAAACAUGAGCAAAACAUAUUUAUCAGAAAAUUAAUUUUUGUAAUCUCUUCAACUUGCACUGGAAAUGCUAUUAAAUGCACAACUGUCUGCAGGGGACUCCAUAAACGGACAGUAAACAGUUCAUGCUUAAUCCCAUGCUCCCUAGAGACACACAAAAGCAAAAUUUGCGGGUUUAAAAUAAUUGCAUAAAUUGCAUUUUGCCCAAUUUACUGAUGUUUUUAGGAUGUGAAUAUCAAAGUCCAGGGAUCUGCUUCUUGUUUUAAUUUCGCUUUCACACAUAAUCUAGUUCGAAACUGAGGAACUAGUGCACAUCUGCUGAAUUGUAAUGUGCAUUUGGCACAGAAGAAAUAGUCAAGAAGCUAAUUUAUGAAAACUAUUGUAUGUAUUGUUUCCUUAAUGUAGGAACCAGUGUUAAUGAGUUUCAACUUUAUUUUUUUAAUGAUUAGAUAUAUUAGAAACUAAUAUAAAUUUUGUCCGCACACAUUCUACAGGUUUAUCAAGUUAGCUUGUUAGCUCACUGCACACACUGACAUAUAGGCGCACACACAGCAAGCAAAUCUAUAGGUGCCGUUUGUGGUCUGAAAAUAAACUGCACAAUUUCUGUACCUUCAAUAAUUGCCACCCCUAAAUUAAUCUUGUUUAUAGUUUAUUCCGCGCACAUGGGAUCUUGGUUAAAAACAUUGAGACUCUCAAAAUAUGUUAACAAAAUGGAUUUGAUUGUACAUUAAUGAGAAGUUUUAUUUAAACCUUCAAUUGCACUGUUCACUUUAAUUAGAGUUCUCAACCUAUGUGAAAUGCUUUCAUGAAGAAGCACCAUCUGUAUUGGAAAGGGAUAAAUCGCUAAAAGUAUUCAGAGUAAUCCCCAUGUACAGAGAUAAACUGAGCUGCCUGCAUUAUUUGAGAGCUGACUUGUAAUUCAAACCACAAUUUAAAUUUUGUUUAACCUUUUUUUUCCUUGAUACAUUAAUAAACUGAAGACUUAGAAACCUAUGUUUACUUAGUAUCCCACAGAAUGUCCACAGAUCACAAUUCCAGUCAAGAAAAUUCCAUUUCUUUUGAUUGCACUUCUGGCAGUGGUGGGGAGUAAAAAAAAAAAGCCCAUGGUAAAACCACUUGUAGGACAGGAAAACCAUUCUGAUCAAAUGCUUUGGCAUAGUUCUUUCAUUUUACUUUGACAAUUGUGCUCAAAGUAGUGGAUUUAUAGAGAAUAAGUUUUCAGACUUUUGUUUGUUACAGUGAGUAGAAAGCUAUUAAAUUGUCAGCAAACGGUCCUUCAUUCUACAGUUGUCACUGUCUCAAAUUAGUUCCCUAACUUCACUAUCAAUUUCAAUAAAUCUUGUGUUCAAUUCCUACAUUAUUCUAUACAGUUGAUUUGCCAACGUGUGAGCGUUCCCCAAAUCUUACAAAUCCACUCUUUAAAAUAACAUGAAUUGGGAAAGAUGUGGAUUCUAUAUAUGCUUUAUAUAUCAGAUGCUAUAUUGUCCCUAAUUAUAUGCACACAAUUGGACUUUAGAAUGCACACGUAAUCCUAUCAUCGCUAACACUGACAUCCCUGGCUGUAUUUAGCAAAGUGUGUGGGUGGUUAAAAUGUUUCCUUUUUUCUUAUCUAUUAGAUAAAGACAUAUAUUUUGAAACUGAAAAUGCAGCUGGUAGAAUUUAAAUUUAAUAUUGGGAAAAAAUACAUGUAAAAUAUAUAUAUUUUAGUUGAUGAUUUUGUAAAAUGCACUUUUGUGUUUUUCUUUUUCUUUUUUUUUCUUCCUUGGUCUCCCGGAUCUGUAUUUCAAUGUUUACAGAUGGAAUGAGAAAGAAAACAUUCCUUAUCUUCUGUGAAAAAGCUAUAUUAGAAGUAAUUCUUUAAAAAAUAUAAAAUAAAGUUGGAGAAUUGUAUUGGUUUAGAAAUUA